UGGAUAAAAGCGAAACACCUUCGAGUACCGUUCGUACAUCAAGGACUUGGCGCAGAUAUCCCCAACGAUUCCCCACCAAAAUGAUCCUGCAAGCAGCCUUACUCUUCGCUGGUCUUUCUGUGACAGCCAGUGCCAGCACCUGUUGUCCUCCAGUGAGAUUCAGUGCGGUGCAAUCUGUCACCAUUGUCAACUCCACGUUUGCUGAGGAUGCUUUGUAUUCAUUCAUCUACGACGGCAUCAACCAAAGAUACGUCAUCAGCGGUGACCUCAGCAACGGAUUCGUCACGACCACCAAAGUAAUCUAUGAUUACCCGAAGAGAACUGGUUUCCGUAUAGACACAGUGGCACGAACGUGUUCAGCAUUCCGCCUUCAGGGACAGUUCAAGGACCAGGAGAGUGUUUGUGUUCCAGGCGGUGCCGUCUCCUUGGGCCCUUUCUUUUACGGCUACGAUGUUGGCAGGCUGUCUUCAAAGGUAUACUCUUACAAUAGCACCGCCGUCAACGGGGAACAUCAGAAAGUCGUGGCUACCGUCACACGGAAAGACUGUGUACCAAUCGUCAUCACCACGACCACGACCGGCGGCCAAGGAGGAAACGCUCUUAAAGUUGUCGGGUACAACGACGUGGUUCCGGGCAUCUGGGACUUCUCUGUGUUCGACAUUCCGCCAUACUGCUCUAUGUGAUACCAACAUCUGAUCAUGAAGAGAUACAGUAGGACCUGUCUUUCUCAAGUCACUGUCAGAAUGUAUCAUCUUUCAAGAUGUACAUAAUAUAAAUGAAUAAUAAAAAUUUGUUCAGCAAAAA